CGACAAAUUACUCGCGACAGAUUCAGACGCAGUGAAUCAGCAACAAAAACCGGGUACAGCAAGCGUCUUCAAUUUUUUUCUCCUGUACUCGAUAACAACCCAGUGAUCGUUCCUUCGUUCCACUCGUUUGACUGAAUACACACAGCAGUCGUCGCGAUGGCGACCUCAAAUGACCCAGUCGAUUUCGACAUCCUCGAGGCCCAGAAGGAGAACGUCCAGUCCUUACCUGGAGGCCGAUCGGCAAGAGAGCUUGCUCGCAUCUUUUCAGCAGGCAAAGAAGGAGACAAAUAUGUUGCACCUUCUCCAAACGACACAAGGACUCUGAACGACGCCAUCAGGGAGGAAUACGAAGCCGAACUACAGCUCGUUGGAGAAUCAGACGACCCUCUUGAUGUUUACGACCGAUAUGUUAAGUGGAUGUUAAACGCCUAUCCGUCCGCCCAGGCAACUGCCGAGUCCGGACUUCUCCCCCUUCUCGAAAAGGCGACCAAAGCCUUUCUCUCGUCACCACAUUACAAAAACGAUCCUCGAUACCUGCGUCUGUGGCUUCAUUAUAUCAGGCUGUUUUCCGAUGCGCCGCGUGAAACAUUCGCCUUUUUAGCGCGCCACCACAUUGGCGAGAGUCUCGCGCUCUUUUACGAAGAAUUUGCGGCGUGGUUGGAAAGCGCUGGAAGGUGGUCUCAGGCAGAGGAGGUAUAUAUGCUUGGUCUCCAGCGUGAAGCUCGCCCUGUCGAGCGACUGCAUCGGAAGUUUAACGAGUUUCAACAACGCUAUGAGCAACGAACACAAGACACCGGACCCUCGUCGCCUGCAUUACCAGCGGUUCGUCCAGCGCUGGCCGCGAAAGUCAACCCGUUUUCUGCAGCUGCCGAAAGUCCAUCAUCGGAGCCGCAAGCACAGCCUGAUAGGCCUACUCUUGGAGGCGGCUCGAAGACAAAAUCUGGAAAGCCAAAGAUGGCGAUCUUUUCCGAUGCAGACGCAGCGUCAGUCGAACAGCCUGCUCUGGGUGCGAAGACAACAGGGUGGGAAGGUAUCGGCUCGCUUUCGGACCGAAGGAAGGAAAAUAAAGUCGAGGCAAGGCCUUGGACAGGGGAGACAUUGAAGGCUGGCAAGAAACCUGCACCAGUGCAGAAAAUGGCGAUUUUCAGGGAUGAGUCACAAUCAAAGCAAUCCCAGAAAGAGGCAAUCCAACCUAAGCAGAUUCCAGAACAUCAUGUAAGGGAAGCUAUAAACCCCCGUUCUGGGCGACGGGAACGGGUCUUUGUCGACCUUGAAGCAGUAUAUCCCGACCGCAGGAACCCAAACCACGAGAUCAGCUUCGAGGAGCUAAGGGCAAUGAACCGAGGCUGGAUGGAUAUGGAUUGGAAGGCAUACAAGCAACCGCUAGAGCAGAUCUCUGGCAACGUCCCGUCGACGAGGCAAGGUACUGGCAAACAUUCGGACAGUAGCUGCGAAAAUGAAAUUCCCAGCCAACUCAUCGAAGGUCUGGUCAUAGAUGACACAAAAGCGCGACAGCACGAACAAAGAUUCGAUCAAAUAGAUGGCAAGUCUGGAAAAGCAAGACGACUGAAAGUGCGCGAGGUCAAGGAAGAGCCCCAGACAAUAAAAAUGAAUUUCGAUUCACCAGCAAAAGCGAAGAUUCGACGCAAGAGCACAGCAGAACCAACAAUGACUAUUCAUACUCGGGCUGCAACUGAUGAGAUUUACAGUAUUUUCAACCAGCCUCUCAAGGCUGAGACUGAAGAAAGAGCAGAUAGUCUUUGCGGCAGUGACUAUGAAGAUGAUGAUUACACUAGUGCUGGGGAGAGUACAUGUACUGGUCAUAUCUCAGCUGCUUCUAGUGACUUUGGUGAGGAUGAGACCAAUACAUCUCACCGAUUCUUUGAGGGGGGUGCCGAUGAAGAUGGUUAUAGUGAUGAGACCCACGCUGAGAGUCUUGCACCUGGUGAAUGGACUGAAUUCACAGCCAGAGAACACAAUCACCAGGAACUUUCUUCUCAUAAUUCUCACCCUUCAUCUCAGGAUCCUCAAGACUUCGAAGACGACACAGCCGCUCUCAACGGUAGAGGCAGGUUCGUACCGGAAAUGCCUGAAGACUACGAUCCUCCCUACGGACCCUAUCGCGACCCAGCAAUCAUGGCCCAGAAUCGACUGCCUUUCAUGACUCCUAUCGUGGAGCGGACUGAAUACUCCAUAUCCAUGACCGCGGCGCGCAACCACAUGUACGAUACUAAAACGCCUUCCAAACCGAUGCAUUUUAUCGACCAGACACCCCCAAAGGUCCCAGCCAUCGGUGACCUUCUUUCCAGCCCUUCCAUCGCAGGCACUCCACAGCAAGAGGAGAGAUUCACAUGCUUUACUGAUGAUGUGUCUCAGAGCCCAAUGGUGAAGAAGAUGCGUGCUAGCCCGCUGUUGAGUCGCUCACCCAAGGUCAAUGUUCAGAAGGAAGUGGUCAUCGAUGACAUGCAGUGCAAUCCUACUACUGCUGCCAUUCGAGAGGCCAUUCUUCUGUCGCUGAACCCACCUUUGUCUACAUACCACGGCUACGUUGAUCACUCCGCGCAGAACUCAGAUUACGCUUCAGAGAUUCGAAAGUUCACGAAGACUCUUGGCAAGCGGUCCAAGAGCGGUGAUAAGACGGCCUUCGAGGCACCUGCGCUAGACAUCUCUGGUGCGGAACGAAACUACAUUAUCAAGCGAGAACUGGGCGCUGGUGCCUACGCUCCCGUUUAUCUCGCAGAAAGUGUAGAGAGCUUGGAGGAAUAUCAGUCUUCGGAACCAGAAAGUGAAGGAUCCCAUACCAACGCGUCACAGCUGCGCGGGCUCGGCCGGGGUGCACUCGAAGCCCUCAAACUCGAGGUCGGUCCGCCCAAUCCCUGGGAAUUCUAUAUGAUCAAAGCGGCCCACGAACGGUUGUUCCAGCAUCCAAAGUUCUCUCGUGCAGCAGAAAGCAUUGUCCGUGUACACGAGAUGCACAUCUUCCAGGGGGAGAGCUUGCUGGUGGAAGACUACCGGGACCAGGGCACACUCCUUGAUCUGAUCAAUGUGAUUCGAAAGGAAAAUCUUGCGACCAACAGCAACGACCCUGGCAUGGAUGAAGUCCUGGCCAUGUUCUUUGCGGUGGAGCUUUUCCGGACUGUUGAAGCGCUUCACGCCUGCGGUAUCCUGCACGGUGAUAUCAAGGCCGAUAACUGUCUCGUUCGAUUUGAUGAGAUAUCCAACAGCCUGGCCAAUCCGUCACACUGCGGGGGAGACGACGAGAAUGCGGACCCGCGCGAAAUCCACUAUUCGCCCGACGGCAAUUUCGGCUGGCGCAACAAAGGCCUGGCCCUGAUCGACUUUGGCCGCGCGAUCGACAUGCACGCCUUCCAGCCCUCGGUCCAGUUCAUCGCCGACUGGGAGCCCGGCCCGCACGAGUGCAACGAAAUCCGGGAGAUGCGGCCCUGGACACACCAGAUCGACCUGUACGGCAUGGCAGGCACCAUCCACGUGAUGCUCUUUGGCAAGUACAUCGAGUCGACGACGGCCGCGCGCGGCAACGAGCACAGCAACAGUCCCAACCCUCGCGCCACCGUUGCCGCCGCCGUUGCCGCCGGACACAAGACAUACCGUAUCCGUGAGUCCCUGAAGCGCUACUGGGAUCGUGAGCUGUGGAACGACGUGUUCGAUCUCCUCCUCAAUCCACUGUCGGACCGCUGGACGGAGCUGGCGGAUCGGUCCGGUCCGGUCACCACGGUUCCGGAAGGAAAGGAAAAUACGCGCAGCGUACGUGCGGCGUUCCCCGUCCUCGCGGCCAUGAAGCACGUGCGCCAGAAGAUGGAGACGUGGCUCCUCGCCAACGCGGAGAAGAAGGGCCUCGCCCUCCAGAUCCGCAAGUUGGAGGCGGUGUUUGCAGAGCGGAAGAGAAAGACGGAGAGACGUUGAAUCUUUCGGUCUACUUCUUUCCUUUCCCCCCCUUGUUUUUUCUGAUGUUUUUGCCUUUUCUUUCAUUUUUCUUUUCUUUGUGCCCUUGAACGUGAAAUUCUGGAACAACCUCCUCUUUUAUACCCCCUUGAAGCAAUGGGCGUUUCGGUCAAUCUGGUCAUCAUCUUCUUGUACUCCAGAGAGCAAUGAGCUAGUUAAUUAGUCCCGCAGUCAAAUACUUUUGCUUGCCUUGUA